GAGAGCACGAACGGGCAGCAAGCUCAGAGCCGCAUGCUAAUAGUUUACCAUAAGUGUCUCGGUGCAUGGACACACUGCCGUGCAGAUUUCCUGCCCCUUCAACUGCACCGUUUCUUAUUGUGUCAUGUAGUGUGACCUUACGGGUAGAUGAUGUGUGAGUGGUGUUGGUAGGGAUUCGCUGCUGGGGUCAUAGUGCAGAAAUGGAAGAAGAUCAGGUGCCAAACAAGGAUUCCUCUCAACCCACAGAUGCGAAGAAGGUGUAUUAUAAAUCUGAAACCAAGCGAUACAGUGAGAUCUUCAGAGAUUUCGAUAAUCUUGAUUUAUCUUUAAUCUCUUCUGCAGGGGAGGAUCUACUGGGAGACACUGACUCACAGUCAAUCUCAGAAUCCAUCCCUGCAGAAAACGCAGAGCUCACAGACCAACAUGAUGUGUCUAGUGAAGACACAUUUUGUCCACAGAUACGCCCUGAAGCCAAUGAAGUAGAUGGAAACCCAUCAGCCCAGGAAGCAGACCUGGCCCUCUGUCGCUGUGAGGAUGGAGUGGAGACGGCGCUGCAGUACACCAAGAUGUGGUGCCGCUAUGCCAAAGACCUACUUGCCUGGAUGGAGAAGAGGAUCAGCUUGGAGCAAGAAUUUGCAAAAAAUGUGAUGAAGACAGCUGAAGGAGCAAAAGCCAAUGUGACGCAGCAGGAAAUGAUGCCUCUACAGUACAUCUACACCAUGGCGCUACAGCAAGACAUCAGUAACAGUGUGACCUCUAAAAAGACUUCUGAAAUGCUACAAAACCGCUGUUACCAAGGCUUGGCUGCCAAGAGGAAUGAGAUUGACAAGUGGCGCAGAGAGUUUAAGGAGCAGUGGGCAAGACAGCAAAGGAGGAUGAAUGAAGCAGUGACAGCUUUUAAAAAGGCUCGGCAGCAAUACUUCCAACGCUGUGAUGAGCUAGAGAAGGCUAAAGCUCUCUCUGCUAAAGCUGUAGACGACACCGUUGUAAUCAAAACAUUGGAUAAGAGGAGGAAGUCUAAGGAUGAAGCCCAGGCUAAGGUGAUGGAGGCAGAGCUUCUGUACAGACAGUCUGUGAGUGAUGCCGGGAUCCAACAAGAUGAGUUAGUGAAGGUCAAAGAGAGAAUUAUUACUCACAUUCGCAAGCUCAUCUGUCAGGGAGACACUGUGCUCAAAGAGGCCACCGUCAACAUGUUUUACUACCAGCGGCAGCAGACAGAGCCUAUUCCCCUUGGCUACCACAACCUGGAGCUGACGUGCAGGUCCCUGGAGCCUGGUGAGCCCUACCUGCUCUACGUCCUCAGCAAGCGCCGCCUCGAGCAACCGCUCCAAUUCUUCACCUUCCAGGAGUAUGUUCCGCAGGGCAAAGGGAACAAACGAAAAACCAGCAAUAUCAGCUCCCUGCAGGACUCUUCACCUAUGACAGAUGACAUCCCUUACAGAAGACCCAGCGACGGCAGGAAGACAGGGUUCAGUGACAGCGAGAAUAUUGGAGGCAGUUUGGAAUCUCUGUCCAGCCCAGCUCCCGGUAAUAGGAGGCUGCCUAAAACCGCAUCCAGUUUGACACUUUCAUCGGACGACCUGGACGAAGAAUUAGAGUACACUGAUGGUCAGCCAAUCAAAGUGCGCACGCUUUCACGAGCUGCACUGACGCACCGACUCCGGAAGAUGAAGAGCAAAAUGGCCAAAUGCAAGCAGUGUGACACCUACAUUGUUGUCAGUGGAGUCGAAUGUGAGGAGUGUGGGCUGGCUUUGCACAGGAAGUGCAUGGAGGUGUGCCAGCUAGAGUGCGAGCACAGGAAAGGGACCGUGUUCGGAUCGGACCUGGCUCUGAUGCCGCGCGACAGGCCAGAUGAAGUGCCCUUCGUUGUGCUGCGCUGCACAUCUGAGAUUGAGAGUCGCGCUCUAUCACUCCAGGGGGUGUAUCGUGUGAGUGGGUCCAAGCCUCGCAUCCAGAAGCUCUGUCAGGCCUUUGAGAUGCAAAAGGAGCAGGUGGACCUCUCUGACCUCUCACCGCAUGACAUCACCUCAAUCCUUAAGCACUUCUUCAAGGAGCUCCCAGAGCCCUUACUAACCUUUGACCUGUACAAUGAUUUCAUUGCCGUGGGAAAGACCAUUCAGCAUCCGGGUGAAAGGGAGACGACAGCAGACACUAAUGAGAUAAUGGACAUUAUUCACAACCUCCAAAGUCUACUCCAGAAACUUCCUCCGUAUUGCUACAGAACUUUGCAGCAUCUGAUGUCUCACCUGCAAAAAGUUUCAGAGAACCAGGAGAACAAGAUGUCCCCUAGCAAUUUGGGCAUUGUGUUUGGGCCAACGCUGAUGCGCCCUCUCGUGUCCACGGACAUGUCAAUGAUUGCCCUGCUGGAGACCAGUUACCAGGCUGUACUUGUUGAGUUCCUCAUCACACACCACGACACAGUUUUUGGCCUUCAGCGGAGACCCGGUACACCCCCUCCCCCAGUCCCCACUGCCCCUCUUCCAGACACCCCUCCCCGAGCUUCCUGUCACCUGGAUGGGGAUGUAAACACCGGCCCGGAACAUGACAACUCCUCCAGAGAUCGCCCACGGUCACUAGAAAGUCGAACAAUCAAGAGAGAGUCAAGCGAGGGUUAUAUAUCUGACAAGUCUUCAUCCAAUGAGGCAGUGGACCAGCUCAGCCCUGAAGCCAAUGGGAGAGCAGUCCUGGCUAUAAGAGGGGUGAGGACAGAUCCUCGGGGUGAGACGGCAGGAGAACCAUACUCUGAUUUGGUGACCCAGCCACACUAUCGCUUCACCAGACAGCCUGUGAAGUAUCACCGGCAUCAUAACCCAGGGACCCAACUCUCCAACCCAGGUCAUGCAGCCAGACAGCUCGCAGCCCCAGUGCCGGGCUGUCCGGGGAGCGCUGACAGCAGCCGCAGUUCCUCUCCAGAGCCGGGGAUGCAAAGACCUUCCCAAAACUUAGAUGUCCGCUGUGAGAACACUCACCAGCCCCACCAGUCCACCGUUGCCACAGAGAAUAAAGUGGAUCCCCCACUAAGCCCCGGCAAGGUUGCGCAGUACAUGUUGGGACUGGACUCAACAUUUACGUCACCUGCAACUGUGACGUCAUCUGGUACCACAAAGGAAUCCUCCCAGGAGGAGGCGGCUGCUUGUCCGGCUGAUCUGAACAGAGUUCUGUCCAGUAACAGACAGAGCUCCGGGCAGAGUCGGGCUCUGUGUCACUCACCAAAGAAACUUCAUGUCGAGCACAACCUGACCGCACCAGCCCAGAAGAUCCUGUCUGGCCUGAAGCUGAGACGCAGCCACUCAGGGAAAGACGAGCAGCUCUUCGUCUGAUGAAAGAUACAAAUCUCCCGACAGUUCGCCGGAAUACAUUCACACAAACACUGGAGAUCCUCAUUAUCACUGUUAUUGUGUGUAUCGACUGGUCUAACUAUGAACAUUCAAGCAGUUAUCAGGAAAAAAGUUACAAAAUGAUGGUUCAGUCGCCGAAACGUUGAAUGCUUCAAACUUACAUUUGAGUCACUCUUUAAAGAAACCGAGCUGAAAAGUCUGAUGCUUACCGGGAUGCCACAGCCUUAUUACCACUAAUCCUCUUUAAGAUUUUGAUCUGUUGACCAUCCAGCUGUCUAAUACCCACAAGGACAAGAGAGGUUCAUGUAUUUAUAUCAGUUUUUAAUAUGUCUAGUGCAUUCAGGUGCAAACUAACACAUAUGUAUCAAGUUUCUUCUUUGUUUGUCCCAAACAAUCUAUGAGGAAAAUCCGCAAAAUUCAAAGCCCAUCAAGUGUUCGAGUGUUGUGUUUUUAAGAUGAUGUUGUUAGCUAUUAGUUGCGUUUCUUAAAACUUUAUAGGCUUCAGAUGGAAAAUUUUGUAGUACAUGAACAACGAUAUGCUCUCAUUGGUUUCAUGGUUAUCUUAACAGGUAGUUUUUAGUUUCAUGCACCUUUCCUGUUUUAACACAAGGGGGCGGUAUUCUCCCAGUGUGAAGGGAAAACAUGCCAGACACAAUAGUAGAAGGGCAAUAAACCAUUGAUUUCUAAUUACAAGUACAGUGUUUUGAAAUGUCACUUUUCCUGUCACAUCAACCUUCCUACAUCAGCCUUUCCAUCCCCGGACCUG